CUUCUUCGAUGUGUCAAAGGCGUUUGACAGUGUUGUUUGUUGUUGAAACUUACAAAACUCCCUCUUAUUUACGUAAUGUAGAUUUGAGGGGGGCGGGAAGUAAUACUGUAAUUCAGCUUGACAUUCGAUUUAGAAGUCAUGAAAAACAUUAGAUAUUGUAAAUCAAGGACUAGGUAUGUUUUGAUUCCAGGAGAUACUUCUGGAGUUAGGUUAACGAGAUGUAUGGGAUGGUUUCACUAAAAUGAUAUCCGACUAUGGAGCCCAAGGAUUCACUUCAAUCGUUGAUUAUGGAGAACGAUAUCACCGAGUCUAAUGCAGUGGUUGGCGUAACUCAUAAACCCAUCAUGAAGGGUGGCCCAAGUUUGUCCCAGGAGCCAACAAUUUUUAGCAGGGACUUAAAAAAUGAUAGCUGUUCUAUUGUCGCCUUUGAAAUGCAAAACUAUGGCAACUCAAAUAUUGCAGAGGGCUCGUCAUUAAAAGUUAUUAAUUUAUCAGACUUCAUACCAACUGUAUGUGAGGAUGGCUCUUAUCAGACAGUGCUUGUGUCUCAAUCAAAUUCGAAUCUCAUUGAAACAAGUCAAACUGCACCUCAGCAGUCUCAAAUAUUGCUUCUGGCUUCUGAGCCUGUGCUAAGCAGUCCUGUUCAAGAUGGUUUGCGCACUGAGACAAUACAGGAAAAGAUUUUAGAGAAUCAGAAAUAUUUUGGCAUUUGUAGAAUAUGUGCAAAUGAAAUACUGGAGGGCCUUCCACUGUUCCAUAACCAGGGGUUGACUUUGGAAAUUAUCGAGAAAAUUCAUCGCUGUCUUCCUAUAAAGGUUUCAGUCAAUGAUGGCUUUCCACAGCAUGUUUGUGAUGAGUGUGUCUCAAAACUUGAUAUAGCUGAUGAUCUGUUCAAACUGAGUAUUGUAGGAAAUGCUAAACUUCAAGCUAUGAACAACAGUUGGACUCAGCAUGUCAAGAAAGAAAACAUCCCCAAUGAAAUGGGUGACAAAAACCCUGAUGGAAUAGUUUCAAGUGAAGAGAUGGUAGUACAGGGAACAGAACAAACAAGCACUGAAAUUGUACCACAAGAAAAUGCAGAAAUAUCGAAUGUGGAAAUAAUGCCACAGAGAGAUACUGAUAUACCCCAAAGCAUUGAAAUGAUCCAAGAAAGUUUAGUCUUGAGCAAAAAUAUUAAAAUAAUAUCUCAAGGAAAUUCUGAAGCAUCACAAAGUUUUGAAAUGGGUCCUCCGAAAGAAGAACAAAUGGAAGAGCCUUUUGAGGCUGUAGUUGAUGUUGAUGAUCAGAGUAUGAUUGAUUCUCCUCAGUUGCCAAACACAAAUCGUGAAAAAAGGGAGUGGCAUUGUAAUGAUUGUGGCUUUGUAGCUUUGAGUCAGUCCUCACUAAAGCUACACAUUGAAGCCCAACACAAUGAAUGCUCAAGUGAAGUAAAGCACAAGCAUCCAUCAGAAGAAAAGUUGUUUUCAUGUGAAUUUUGUGAUAAAAACUUUCAGACUGAAGUAAAAUGGAAGAGGCAUGUUCUGUCUCAUACCAAGUUACCAAUGCAGGAGAGAGACAGUGGUGAAAAAUGUACUAAGUGUGGUGAAGAAUUUUUUAGUGUGAAAGAAUUACAGAGACAUUUAAAAGAUGUCCAUAAUCUGAAACCAGAUCGUAAAUAUGAAUGUGACAUAUGUGGUAGAUGCUAUGGUAAUGCAAGUGGCCUUAAUAUACAUCGAGCAACUCAUUCAAAUGAAACUCCUUACCUAUGUGAUAUUUGUGGGAAAAGUUUCAAGCAUAGAGCAAAUUUGCGAUGCCACAAAAGAUCUCAUGGCAAUGAAACACAUCGCCAUGCCUGUGAUAUCUGCCCCAAAUUGUUCCCUUCUAAGUUUCAUUUAAAUGAGCAUAGAAAUGUACAUUUAAAUAUUACUCCAUAUUCUUGUACAGUCUGUGAUAAAAAGUUCCACCGUCGAAUACAGUUAAGACAGCACAAAACCGUGCACAAUAGCGGUAGUACAUUCGAAUGCCCCCAAUGUGGAGCAGGCUUUAAUCGCAGGGGUAACAUGACACAACAUAUGAAGCGCCACUCAAAUGAGCGAAAAUUUUCUUGCAAGGUUUGUAAACAGUCAUUUGAAACUUUAAGUGAGGUGGUGCAACACCGUCGCGAGCACACAGUUCAAGAAAUCAAAGAUAACUCUGAGGAGAAGAAACAGUUAACGUGCAGUCAGUGCCCCAAAAUAUUUUCAACCUCCAAGGGCCUAGAGGAGCAUACAAAAACACAUUCAAAUAUUAGCUUCGAAUGUGAACUUUGCAACAAGCAAUUAUCAAACCGCAGGACUUUAGAAUAUCACAUUCGCUCUUUUCAUACUCAGGAGCGCCCAUUCUCAUGUCAAUUUUGCUCUAUGUCAUUUCUAUCCCGUGAGGCUUGUACCGUUCAUGAACGGCUCCACACUGGAGAGAAGCCUUAUACUUGUCGGGAGUGCAACAUGAGCUUCCGCUGCUCUAGCAAUUUAGCUCAACAUUUGGGGACUCACAAUGAUGAUCGUCCUUGGGCCUGUGAUCAAUGCCCCAAACGCUUCAAGAGAAAUGGUAUUUUACUAGUGCAUAUGCGCACUCACACUGGGGAAAAACCCUUCUGCUGUGACAUUUGUGGUCGCAGGUUUACCCAAAAGAAUGACAUGCUAAAACACCAACAGACUCACACAACCAAUCAAAAUUUUGUAUGUGGUGAAUGUCAUUGGCCUUUCUACACUCGCAAAGAAUUAAAUAAACAUAGACGAACGCACCACGUAAUAUCUAGAGCUGUGAAAACUACAAAUAGUGAACCAAAACUUCCAUCCCAAUCUCAGGCUCUUGUGAUCUCUGAUAAUAUGAUCAAUUUUCCAAUCACAAUCCUGGAAGGAAGUGAUGUAGUUGUUCACCAGAUUGAAGAUUUAAGGCACGCUCAAAUACUGGAAAUUGAUCCUCUGCUCCAAGGUGUUGUUCCAGAUUCCCAGAUUCUCACAAUUCAGUCAGCAAGUAAUUCAACAGACCCUCAAUUAACUUCAUUUGCCAGUGGGAGUGGGACCACUUUGUCUGUAAUUCCCUCAUGUUCUCAGCAGAACUGGUAGGAAAGUUAUAGUUCUAGCUUAAACUCCUUUGGUUUGUUUAUUUGUCAUUUCAAGCUCAUUCUCAACCAUUGAAAAUUCAGUUCUUUAAAAUUUAGGUGUAGGGAUGCUGCAAAAACUGUAUGUAGUGUAUACCCAUUUACUUUUCUUUUUUCUUUGUAGGGUGGGUUGUUAAUAAAAUGAAUUCAUGUUUCUACUA